GCAUGUUGACCUCUCCCGCGCAAUCCAUAUGCAUGCCACCGAAGGUGCCCUUGCAUGCAUGAUGAACGCAACUACUAGUGUGAGCAGCUUAGCUUUCUUCGUCUCUCUUCUGUGCGGCGAUUCCCAGCUUGGUUAUGACAUCGUGUCGAAGCCACCAAACCUCCUCGAGCGACGAAGCGGUUUUGCUUCAGCUUCCUUCAUCUUGACGACACAGUCGCGACGCUCUUUCUCGAACAGACCUACCGUUUCAUGUGUGCCGUUCUUGCCUCUCGCUUCAUCAUCCCGGUGUCUCCCUUCAUUUCGAGUCAUUCGUUUUUACUGACGUUUGCGGUUCCUGUCCGCAUCGACCAAGUCCUAUAUCGCUCUGUUUGGUCAAUAUUGGUUGCGUAUGAAAUUGGGGCCGAAGAGAAAACUUGUCCAGCACUUGCACGGACAUCUAAAUAAGCGUCGGAAGUACUGCUGGUACAAGGUCGAAGCGCCCGACUUCCACCUUGACGGUUGUUUUGCAUACCAGACAACGUCUGAGCACGGACUUUUUCACGACGACUUUCACUUCCAGCCUUGGACCGGCGUUGUCUUUGUGAAUUUUCUUGCCGACACUGUCUGGGUCACCUUGGAAUUGGGGGCUUCAGGACAAACCUGAUGCAGCAUUCACGUCCACCUCAGUUCCCUCCUCUUUGCUCGUCGUUCAAGAGACAUAGGUCUAGCAUUGACGGCACACGGUUCACCAUAGACCUCACUCUGCCGAAGCCAUUUGCAGCGCCCAUUUGGGCAUCUCUCCCUACACCUCCCAUGUCCGGUUCUCCACCACCGGAGCCGCCUAAUGAACCACCACAGCUAGCGGGCCGUCGAAGGAAACGAUCCGAUACACCUCCUACAACUACAGCCGCCACGGUCAUCACAUCACCCGCAACGCCCAUCGAACAUACAGCUCCUAGACUGUUAGGUGCGCAGACAAGAGGUGGCGAGAUUAUUGCAGAAUUGCCCGUACAGCCGGGUCCCUACGUACCGAGUUACCCAAUUCCAGCCUCGUAUCAGUCCGGAUCUAGCCUAGCCACGACGACGACGACGAGCGGAACAGAAUCUCGAUAUGCCCUCAGCCCAGUGUCGCCUCGCACUGCACGAAAGCCAAAGGCGCAUGUCGCGUCGGCGUGUGUCAACUGCAAAAAGAAACAUUUGAGGUGCGACAACAGCCGACCAUGUAGGAGAUGUGUGCAGAGCGGCAAAGAGGGUACGUGCGUUGAUGUUGAGCACAAAAAGAGAGGGCGGCCUCCUUUGAAGCCAGAGGACCCCUCCGCACGGCGUCCGUUCGAGUCAGCCUUGACUCCGUUGGGAUCUACUCUGGGAGAUCCAACGAGACGAAUACCGGCUUCAGAUUCAUCCAUUUUGGGGCAGCCGCCGGGAUUUGUGCCACGGUGGCGACCAUUACAAGUAGACCCGUCUCGGAGUGCUCCUAUGAGAGGAGCAGGAUUCCCACCCAUGUAUGCUUCGGCGUCUAUCUCUCCCAGCCACGCCACUGCUGCAGGUACCUUUACUUCUCCUACUCGGCAAUAUCCGCCACUUGGAAUGUCUAUUCCCGGUCAAGCCCCAGCAUCGUACAGUCCACGUCAAUCUGGAUCUGCUAUGAGUACAAUGGCUGGAUAUGCGUACCCCUACCCGCAUCCUGGACAGAUGGGACCCCCAACUCAGAUGACUUACUCGAAUCCUAUCUUUCCACGUCCGACUGGAGCGGGAUCCUACUCCAGCGAAACAUUGCCACCGUUCGGUGGCCCAGCAACUCUUCAGCUACCGCCGAUUCGACCUGCCCCUACCGGGCCAAUUGACCCUGCCAUCACACAGCAAUCUCAGCAGCAGACGCACCAACCCCCUCAACAGGCUGAGGGUAGCAGAGAUGAUGGAACGCAGGAGCGCGAUCCGAAACGGCCGAAGAUGGAUAUUCAAGGUAUCCUUGGCCCUAAGCAUGAGUGAAUACGGCACCAUCAUAGGGAGACGGCGAGCCCGCCACACCUUCAAGCUGAAGUGUGACCACAUCGACUAAAUAUUUUCCUUUCUGACGAAGCAACGAGCGUCUAACGGCUUUUCACUACGACAUAUACUAUUUUCUACUUGUAUAACAGUUUUCCACAAUGAGCUGCGCUGGACGCAAGUUCGCCUGUGGACGACACCAGUUCCAGUUACAGUCCGCACAUAAUGAAGGUAUUGGGAUUGAAAGGCACCUAGGACCGAACAUUGGCACACGAAUGUCAUGUCGAUUUUCGUUCCAUUUCUUUUCGUUCACGGUGGAUAAUUGCUAUUCAUGCACAUAUUUCAUCUUCGACCGGGAUAGGAACCGGGAUGGUCCAAAAUGAGGCCUCAGAACUGUCACUGCCAGGGCAUAUCGUGCUGGCUAAAAGCACAGUUUUCGACUCACAUUGGAUUGGGCUAUGUUACGGCCUGGACGAACGAUGGGCAAUGGUGUCUAUUAUUUAUUUUUUUGAUGGACACGGAUGAGUUACCAGUCUCAUACUACACGGGGAAAAUGACUGUCUGUUUGGUUUACGGCGGAAUAAUUGGAGCAUGCACCCUGCGCAGGGGACGGACAUAACAUCGAUGGCUGGAAAUUGAUCAAUACCAGCAUGGAACUCUAUAGAUUUGUUUGCUGUUCAAGAGCUAUGGCUGUCAGGAAUCGGCGUGCAGUGCGAAAUGGCUACGACGACAAUGUCAAUACACGGCCGAUUGUGGAUGUCCAGUAUCACCGAAAUGGGAUUAUGUGGGUGUAUUUUGCAAGAGCCAGCAAUAAGGGGAAGGAAUCGUUCUAGAGGCUUCAGACGGUCUGGUCUGGUCUGGUCUGUAAGAAUAAAAAGUAUCCUGACCGGAAGCUGCCCAUCAUUGCUCUACAGUGUCUCAUGUUCAUCGACCGCUCGGAACAAU